AUGGUUCACCCAGUAAGGUUAAAUAGCUGUCUGAGUCUCAUAGCAAACAAACGGACUGCGAACGUGGCACACUGUGUUCGGUAUACUGCAGAGAAACUGGCCCACACCUUCUCUGUAUAUAGGACCCCAAGCCAAGUGUGUCCCACAGGUCAUCUGGAGACAAAACCAGAAUACCUUCUACCUCCGUUGUCGAGAUUAUCAUCCACCGAAUUUGACCGACCACAGAGGUCUUGGAGCCCAUUCGACCCGAACCCUCCCGACCGUUCCCACAUCCACUAUGAGCGCGCACCCUCCUCGCACCAGGAGCAGGACAUCGCCUCCCACCAUGAGACCUCUUCAACCGUAGGCUUAGGAAUCCGAAAUGCGAGACGCAGACCGGCAUCCAUCCACUUCGUUGAGGGCUUGGAGGAAGUGCGUCCGCGGGGAGAAUCGCGUUCCCCGCACUUGUCGGAGCACGCAACGCCGCGGUCGCACACUUCGAAAACAGCGCUUUUGGACAGCGAGGUACGAUGUCCGCAUAGAGAUACAAUCGCCCAGCGUUGGUUUCGCUGGGUGCCCAUGACUAUCCUGGUGUUGGCGGUGUAUGCGACCGUGUGGUCGGGGUUGUAUUUCUUUGUCGCGUGUCUGAAGCCGCGAUAUGGGAACUACGUUGGAGUGGACGGCAAGCUCGCCGCCUCGACAGCCAACCUUCUGAGCGCGCUGUUCGCCAAGACAAUCGAAUUGGCGUAUGUUACGGUUUUUGUCGCUUGUCUGGGGCAGUUCUUGAGUCGACGGGCCCUCCAAAAGGACUCCAACGGCAUCACUAUUUCAGAUAUGAGCAUGCGGACAUGGAUCAUGCAGCCCGGGUCGAUGAUUGUUCACUGGGAGACUCUGCGAUAUUCAGCGUUGACCUUUCUCGGUGCGAUGACUCUCACGGCGACUAUCAUCGCCAUGCUGUAUACAACGGCGGCGGAGGCAUUGGUAUCACCCAAGUUGCUCGCAGGACCGCACGAAGACCGAACCCUAAGGGCGAAUGUUUCCACUGACUUCUUCAACCCCUAUUACAUGGGUAUCAACUGCCAAACACCGAUCUCUAAUGAGGAGGAUCCACUUUACCGUGGUACAACAUGUCUCCAAAUGCAACACGUCGGGCAGGCAUAUCACAACUACAUAGCUUAUCUGAAUGGAUGGAGCAGUAUGAUUACCAACGGCAAACACGCGUCGGCUGUGCUAGAAGAGCGACCUCCUCCGUCCGGCUCGAUACACGACAACACAACAGUGACUGGAAGUUGGAUCGAUCGCAGCAACAUGACCGAGUUGUCACUGCACUACAACCGGAUGGUCUUGAAUGUGACGGCUGCCAUGCCUCAUGCCGGAGUUCUGGCCGCGGCAAAGGACCCCGUUAACGGUCUUAAACAGCCCCAAAAUUCAUCGGAGGGCCAAUUUGACAUGAUGGUUGCUGCUCCAUGUCCUGCCGUGAACGUGCUUUGUGUGGGCAUGAACGCUAGUGAGCUGAAGCCACUGAUAUAUGAUAUGUGGCCUGGAAAGAAAUUCGAUGUGGAGAAGUGGUCAGAACAGGAGAAGGAGGUACCUAAAUGGCCAAACUCAUGGCUGAAUCGAACUGUUGUGGACGAUAUCUUCGGAUGGGGACCAAAGUAUGGAUGGCGUCCACCAAUCUUCGGAAUGCUUCCCUUUGAAAAUCAAACGAUCCUGAAUCAUUCCGCACCAUUCGGCAAUACAAUGUAUGUACUUGGGAAGCCUCCAAAUGCCACUAAAAUCGACUAUGCCCUAUGCUCAAUGAAGGCGAAAAAGACACCACGUUGCUCGGUACGAUAUACUGCAUCUGCCAGUGGAGCGAGGUUUAGCACAGACUGCGAAAAGUCGGAUAACCCAUGGCAGUUCGAUCGGUUCUUCCCAGAUGCAGUGGACGGUAACUGGAGCCUGGAUUGGAAAAACAUUGCAUCUGAAUGGGGCAAUUCCUUGAGUUUGAAUGCGGGAGUCAAUGAUGGCAGGGCCUCCAAUGCCCGAUUACUGAUGCAGCUCACGCCCUCCGGCUACUCCCUUGAACCCGAUCUGCCAUCUUUGGCGGAGGCACUUGCAGUGAUGGCAGGGAAUACCUUGAUCAUGGGAACGGAGAAUGCCACCUUCCUUCCCUACUGGAAUCACUCAGACGCCUCCCUCUCCGAACCCGAGACUCAGUACUUCAACGCCACCGUGAGCGUCGUCGACUACCAAUCCAGCGGGACAGAGAAAUGGCAGAACGUCUUCUUUCCAGUAUUGUUCCUCACUUUCGUAACCAGUGUUCUGUGUCUAGGCUACCUGUUGAGCGAAAAGGGCCGACAGCUUACCGACUUCACCGAGCCACAAAACCUAUUCGCUCUGGCCAUCAACAGCCCGGCCACAUCGCGACUAGAGGGUGCUUGUGGUGCGGGGCCCCAGGGUCCACAAUUCAAGGAGAAAUGGUUCGUGGGUAUGGAAGAGGACGACGAGCAUUAUUACAUUCGGACUAAGGCAGAGGAACACACGCCGUUGAUUUCGGCGGCAAAGGUGUCGACGGAGUCUGAACGCCCUAAGUCUGUGAGUCCGGCCCUGGAGGAGUAUAGAAGAUUAUCGACAGGACAAAGCGUUUUGGGGAGACUGUAUUAA